AUGUAUGCUAUUAUCAUUUGUGGGAACGGACUUCGUAACUGGGAAUCUGAUGAUUCACCUUGGAUUGAACAUGCUCGCUGGUACCCAGAAUGUACAUUCCUCAUCGUGAUGAAAGGAAAAGAAUUCAUUGAUCAGGUGCAACAGGAAAGGCCGCCUUUUGAGACACAUACUUCACCAACUCAUAUCAAUGAAGAUCAACUCGAUAAACUUAUUAAAGAACUAGACAGUAUUGAAGCAGUAAUUUCUAUGGGUUUUCCUAAAAAUCAUGUGAUGACAACUUUUCAUAACCAACUCAAAGAGAAAGGGAUACCUUUCUUUAACCUUGAGUCAUGUAUUGAAGCGGUCUUAUCCCAUAUGGAAAACGAAACUAGAAAAGCUCUAAAUUUGGCUUCUAACCGAGAAAUAGAAGUUGAAGUCAAAAAGAGGAAGUACAAACUAAGCCUACAACAUGUGGGGCUAACCGAGGUUGAUGUUGUCCCAAGCCCAAUAACUACACAAACGGAGUUGGCUUCUAACCAAGAAGAAAUAGAAGAGGAAGUACAGACUCUAAGCCCACAUCAUGUGGCGCUAACCAAGGUUGAUGUUGUCCCAAGCCCACCAACAUCUGAUGAUAUAACUACACAAACGGAGUUGGCUUCUAACCAAGAAAUAGAAGAGGAAGUACAGAAUCUAAGCCCACCACAAGCGGAAGCUGUAACCUUAAUACAAGCAAUUGAUGAAUUAAAACCACCAAUGUCUAUAACACAAAUGGUUCCUGUCCUAAAGCCACCAGUUUCUGUUGGAUCUUCAGGCAAAGUUCUGUGUGUAAAUGGGAAGUGGAAGCCAGUGGUUCUUCUUCGUAAUACUGGUGCUUUCCAAACAUUAAUUUCUGCCUGUAUACUCUCUAAUGUUGCAAAAAGAGAUACUGGAGAGUCUGUAGUUCUUCAGAGUGUUGCAGGAUGUAAAACUGUACCUCUUAUAGAUGUUAAUUUGAGAUCCACCAUUACCCCAAGUUUAUGCACUAGUCAAAAUGUUGUUGGAGGAUUUCGUCAGACCUUGGAGCAGGUGUUCCAAGCUACAGGUGUAGGAGUGCAGGUCCAGAGUGCAGACCAACAGGUCCAGAGUGCAGACCAACAGGUCCAGAGUGCAGACCAACAGGUCCAGAGUGCAGACCAACAGGUCCAGAGUGCAGACCAACAGGUCCAGAGUGCAGACCAACAGGACCAGAGUGCAGACCAACAGGUCCAGAGUGCAGACCAACAGGUUCAGAGUGCAGACCAACAGGUCCAGAGUGCAGACCAACAGGUCCAGAGUGCAGACCAACAGGUCCAGAGUGUAGACCAACAGGUCCAGAGUGUAGACCAACAGGUCCAGAGUGCAGACCAACAGGUCCAGAGUGUAGACCAACAGGUCCAGAGUGCAGACCAACAGGUCCAGAGUGCAGACCAACAGGUCCAGAGUGUAGACCAACAGGUCCAGAGUGCAAACCAACAGGUCCAGAGUGUAGACCAACAGGUCCAGAGUGUAGACCAACAGGUCCAGAGUGCAGACCAACAGGUCCAGAGUGCAGACCAACAGGUCCAGAGUGUAGACCAACAGGUCCAGAGCGCAGACCAACAGACCCAGAGUGUAGACCAACAGGACCAGAGUGCAGACCAACAGGUCCAGAGUGUAGACCAACAGGUCCAGAGUGUAGACCAACAGGUCCAGAGUGUAGACCAACAGUCCAGAGUGCAGACCAACAGGUCCAGAGUGUAG